CUUGUCUGCCAAGCCCAACCCAUCUUUCUCUACUCGGAUGUUUUACUGCCGUAAUCAAUUCGAAUACGUCGAACCAUCAAUAGGCCGGUGCUGUGACGACACCGCAAUGGAGAUCAAGACGCGCAAGACACACAAGAAGUCGCGAAAAGGAUGUCUUGCUUGUAAAGCCCGCCAUGUGAAGUGCGAUGAGCAACAGCCAAUCUGCGCGAACUGUGUUAAGCAAGACACGCCGUGUGAAUAUCCAGCGACAAAAGGUCGUGAAGGGUCCAAAGACUCGCCAUUGCUUGUCACUUCGAUCUAUACACCCUCAUCAACAGAAGGCGGGCUAUUCGAGCAGUCUCCAAGUCUGCUAUCUACACCAGCCCAUAAUUCAACUGCGCUCAACGUCCUCCACUUGCGCCUUUUGCAUCAUUAUACGACUGUCACUGCUCGAAGUCUCGGAGCGGACCCAGAGGCUCGUGAAGCCUACGCAAGCGUAGUAGUAGACACCGCUUUUGAGUGUCCCUUCCUCCUUCACAUGAUACUUGCUCUUUCUGCCCUCCAUCUCAGUCGGCUUUUAGAGUGUGGCCCAGAAGCCGUCGAGUACGCUCUGAUAGGGAGUAGACACCAUGACAUUGCGCUUGCAUCGUUUCAAGGUUCUGUUUGUGACAUCAAUGAAAGCAAUUUCAAAGCUGUCUUCAUGUUUGCAGGAGUCCUAUUCCCAUACUCGUGUGCAAGCUCCAUUGAUUCCGGUCACGAUGCAGACCAUGCAUUCGAAGUCCUGAUGGUACAAUUCUCCUUGACCAGAAGAGUCCGACCAAUGGUUUCAAGCUUCUACAAUGCAAUCAAAGUCUCUUGGAGCAAUUCCGACCUCUAGAAAUAUAGAUCGAGGUGGGUCCGCUGUGGAUAAGUUUUGUCAAUGUUGAAAGACAAGCGUACUGGGCUUAGACAGGUUUCAAAUAAUUCUUUCUAUUUUUGUGGAGCUCACACGUUUACUAAGUAGAUUGGGAAAAUCCGGAGAUGGGUAUCACCUAUUCUCUAAUAUCGAAAGACCUCGAUGAGAGUCAUAUUAUUUGAUUUACCAAAUAAUAUAAUCUCACUAUAUAACAAUAAUGUCUUGCAG